AUGCGGGAGAGGCACCGCCCAAAUAGUCCAGAUCAGGUGAAGGUGGCCGGUGUGCGUGACAUCUGUCUCGGUGUGGGCACUCUAGCCCUCUUCUUCUUUCAGCCCAGCGCCCUCCGCGUCUUCGCACCGGCGACACUUGUCGUCGCAGCCUCUGAUGCAGCAUUGACCAUUGGCGGUCCCUUCCCAGCCCCCUUCAACCAUCUCAUGGGUGUGGUGGGCAUUGGCAUCCUCUCCGUGGCCGCAUGGUUCGACCCCACGCUCACGACAGAGGGUGAGGGCUACAAGCGGAUCUCUGGCUAA